AAAAGAAAAAGAAAAAAGAAAAAAUCAAAGAAGUUAGUAUCAGAAGUUCAAAUAAAUUCCCAGUUUUCGCUUCCUGUUGAAACCCAGUUGGCCAAACUAAAAUUCCAAAAACCCUCAAUAAGGAAGAAGCUAUGGAGGGUUCUGAAAAGUGGCGAACUCCCUCAAAAUCAGCUUCAUCUCCCAAAUCGCCUAAAAUUGUUUCAGGAGUGAAUGAUGAGAACGAUUCAACCCAAUCAAAUGUGUAUCCCAACUUUCACAACCAAAAGAAAGCGGCUUCCAAACACUUCAUGUCGACCACAGUAUCGGCAGCUUCGAAAGCUGCACCCCUGAGAAGGAAAAUACUUUCUGAAAGGGAUGAAAAUUCAGUCGAACCUGGUUUUGGAACUCACAAAACAUCUUACCCCAACAAGAAGCAAAUCCCCAGAAAUACGAGGCCCAAUUUUCCGAAUCAAUCCUCUUUGAAGGCUUACGACCCUCUGAAGAAUUACCUCUCCCCAAGGCCCAAGUUCCUUCGGUUUAAUCCCAACAGGAGGCGCGAGAUUUUCAGUCGGCUUGAAAAGGAGGAGUUGAGUGAUUCAUCUGAUUCUCGGGAAGUUAAUAGUGAAGAAUCUGAUUCUCGGGAAGUUAAUAGUGAAGAAGUUGAAGACUAUUCUCUUUCAACUCUGAAAGGAAGUCCUGUGAAGCCAGAAAGGGAAGAAAAUAAUCGAAUUUGUGAUGAUGAUGAUGAUUAUUAUGGUGAUGAGGAUGAAGAAGAAGGUGAUGAGGAAGAAAUUGAGGAGAAGGGAUGGUGUUUUCGAGGAUUAAUUGUUAAAUUUGUGCUGAUUUUGAUUGCUUGUGCUGUGUCAACCUUGUAUAUUUGUACUAUGAACUUGGGAAAAGAUGGCCUUUCCACGAUAAAGAGACAAUCGUUUGAGGUGACUGGUGUUAAAAUGUGGGGAUCUGGUGGUUAUGUUAGAGCUGAGGCAGGAGACAAUUGUGGUGAAUUUGAGGAGGGUGAAUUUGUUGGGGGAGAUGUUAAUUGGGAUGAUCAACGGAGUCUCGAUUUGGAAAUAAUUGAAGAUGAUGGUGUCCAAAUUUUGGGUGUGGCUGAACUCGAAGAAGAUGAAAAUGGAGAAUUUGAAGGGAGCCUUAAGGUGGAGGGUGAUGUUGAGAGUGAUUUUGAAAAUUCAGGGAAAGAUGAAGAUGAGCUUGUCGUUGAAAAUGAGAAACAUGAUGACUGUGAAGAUAAAACUGAUGGAGUAGAAAUCGAGGAUGCAAGAAAUGCCGAAUCUGAAGUCAAGAUCGAGAAUUUGGAUGAAUUGGUAAAUGCAGAAAAUGAUGAGAGUUUGUUGAGGGAAGUAGAGUCUUCACAUCAGGCUCUAAAUGAGGAUAACACGGCAAAAACUAAAGCUGCUGAAAACGAAAACGAGCAUUCGACGGUUGAAUUAGCUGACAGAAGUCAAAUUGCGGAGAAAAACAAUCUGGAGAUGGAAAUAAACGCUCCAGAUCAAAAUCAUGAGCUCAAACUUUUAGAGAAAACUGAAGCUGCUGAGAACAAAAUCGAGCAAUCAACGGGUGAAAGAACCAAUGAGAGCGAAAAUGUGGCUGAAAAAAAUCUGGGGAUAGAAAUGAAGGAUCUCGAUCAAAUGCAGGAGCUCGAACUUGCAGAUAAAUCCACAUUGACUGAUGAUCCAAUUGAUAAUUCUGGCCAUGUAGUAGUCGAAGAUGAAGAAGCAGGUCGAAGAACGCCAGCUGUCAUUGGAUUCUUGAUGGUGUCCAUAAUCUUGGCAUGUCUGACUAUAGCCAUUUAUAAUUCAAAGAAAAAACCAAGAAACUAUGGAUCAGCUGAUAAUAAAAAAUCCAAGCAUGUGCUAGGAAAGCCAAAUAAGACAGCCAGAGUUGAGGAAAAGAGGAAAGUUGAGUUUAUUGCCAGACCUUCAGUGUUACAUCACCCAGCGGAAGAAGAAGAAGCUUCUAGAAAGCUUGACCACAAACAACAAUCUUAUGUGCCAAAUGUUGAGUUGAUUGGUGAAUUUGUUUUGGAUCAACCAAGCAGCCGUAGGAUUAAGAAACAAGAGAUAGAAUCAUCUGGAGAGGGCAAUGUGUCUUACUUCUUGCGCAAGCAUGAAACUCUGACUCCACCGGCUGUGUCCGAGUAUUCAAAUAUGAGUGCCACAUCAUCGUAUGGAAGUUUUACAACACAGACGCAGAUCAUGAAGAAAGAGGGAGGAGGGCAAAAUGGAGAGCAUACACCCGGAUUAACUCCCGUUAGGCGAUCGAGCAGGCUACGAAGUCGUGCAGCAGUCAUAACCUCUCCAUGAUUUUCUUUCUUAUCAAGUAUUUUUAGGACUUGAGUUCUUCUAAAACAGCAUUCUCAGUUGUUUCUCUUAAUCUCUAAAGGGUUUUGAGGACUUGUAAAAGCCUUAACUCAAUUAGCUUGUCUUGUCUGUAUUCUCUAGGUUUUUCAAAUGUUCUUGACAUGUUUAAAUGUCAUGUAUUCUGAUCUAAUCAGUCUCAUCUGUUUGCAGCUUAUUUUCUAGUGCCUUUGUCACUUUUCAAGUGGCCUUUGUUCUGGACAUUUUUAAAUGUCAUGUAUUCUGAUCUAAUCAAGUCUCAUCUGUUUGCAGCUUAUUUUCUUGUGCCUUUUUCACUUUUUCAUCUGGCCUCUUCUUGU